CCUGCUUCUUCCCCUCCUUCUCUUCUUCAAUCUCACUCUCACUCCUCUCCCUCUCUUCCAUCUUCCUUUUCUCCCUUUUUCCUCCCAUCCAUCGCUUUUUAAGCACUCAAUCUCAUUCAUCAUGGCUGCUCCUCAAGGAUACCCCUUCCUCUGUCUGGAGAACCCCCUCCUUGAUAUCCAGGCUGUUGGUGAUGCCGCCCUCCUGCAGAAGUAUGGCCUGAAGGACAACGAUGCCAUCCUGGCCGAAGAGCAGCACAUGGGUCUUUACGAGGAAUUGCUCCAGAACCAUGACGCCAAGCUGAUUGCCGGUGGUGCUGCUCAGAACACCGCCCGUGGUGCCCAGUACAUUCUUCCCGAGAACUCGACUGUCUACAUUGGCUGUGUCGGCAAAGACAAGUAUGGCGAUAUCCUCAAGGAGACCUGCACCAAGGCUGGUGUCCACACCGAGUACCGUGUCGAUGAUGUCCAGCCCACUGGCAAGUGCGGUGUCAUCAUUACCGGCCACAACCGUAGCAUGUGCACCCACCUUGCUGCCGCCAACGAAUACAAGAUUGAGCAUCUUCAGCAGCCUCACAUCUGGUCUCUCGUCGAGAAGGCCCAGGUCUACUACGUCGGCGGUUACCACCUGACCGUGUGUGUUCCUGCCAUCCAGGCUCUUGGUGAAGAGGCCGCGGCCAAGAACAAGAUCUUCAUGCUGUCUCUCUCGGCUCCCUUCAUUCCCCAGUUCUUCAAGGACCAGCUCGACACCGUCCUUCCCUACACCGACUACACUUUCUGUAACGAGACCGAGGCUCGUGCUUACGCUGAGAGCCACUCGUGGGGUACCGAUGAUGUGGUUGAGAUUGCCAAGAAGCUGGCUCAGCUGCCUAAGAAGAACACCAACCGCCCCAGAACGGCCAUUGUGACCCAGGGCACUCUUCCCACCGUCACUGCUACUGCCAAGGCCAACGGUGAGGUCGAGGUCCAGGAAUUCAGCGUGCACGAGAUUGCCAAGGAAAGCAUCAACGACACCAACGGUGCCGGUGACGCUUUUGCCGGUGGUUUCUCUGCUGGUGUUGUCCAGGGCAAGUCUCUUGCCGAGAGCGUGGACAUGGGCCAGUGGCUCGCCCGUCUGAGCAUCCAGGAGCUGGGUCCUUCCUUCCCCUUCCCCAAGCAGACCUACACCCCUCGCUCAUAAAUCACCCCACCCCCCAUUCUUAGAAGCCUCACCACCCACCCCGUGAGGUCAUAGAAACCCGCAGCAGCAAUCACCUUUUUUCUUCUGUGUUUUCUUUAUGUCCAAAAAUUCAACCUAUACCCGGUCCUCGACUUAACGUCCUAGACUAAACUUUCCCUUAACAUUUUCAUGUGACGAUGCGGCUCCCAAUCGGCUUCAUGAUAUAUGAUAUAGACAGGAGCAGCAAGCAGAGAGAUGACGUUCUCAACAACGAAAUGACGAUCAGGCUUUUCGGUUCUCUAUAAAUAUUAUAACUUGAAUACAAUUGAUCUUCGAGCAUUUAUUGGAUUAUGCUUCGAGGGGACUAUUCAUUUGAGGACAUU